AUGACUGACACUAAACAACUAUUCAUUGAGGCUGAUCAGACCCAACUUUUCCAAAACUGGGAUGGUUUGUCUCCCGAAGACCAACAAAUAUUGCUAUCGAACUUGGAAAAAAUCUCUUCCAAAAAGGCCCCCGCAAAAUUACUCGAAGAUUGCCAGCAUGCUAUCGAAUUUUCACAAGCAAACUCAUCUAAAGAUGCUGAUGUGAACGUUCAACCAUUACCCCAUACCUCUUAUGAAUCGUUAAUUGGAAACGGUGAUAACGAGGAUGAAUAUCGCCAAGUUGGUCUAGAAGCCAUUGGCAAAGGGGAAGUUGCCGUGAUCUUAAUGGCUGGUGGUCAAGGUACCCGUUUAGGAUCAUCUCAACCAAAGGGCUGUUAUGACAUUGGCCUACCCUCUAAGAAAUCCCUUUUCCAAAUCCAAGCUGAAAAGUUGAUCAGGUUGCAAGAAAUGGUCGAAGCUAAUAAGGUGGAGAUUCCCUGGUACAUUAUGACAUCGGGUCCGACUAGAGCAGCUACUGAAGCGUAUUUUGAAGAGCACCAGUAUUUUGGCUUGAGAAAGGAACAAAUUACUUUUUUCAAUCAAGGUACUCUGCCUGCAUUUGAUCUGACUGGUGAACAUUUCUUAAUGAAAGAUCCAGUAAGCUUGACAGAAUCACCAGAUGGGAACGGUGGCCUUUAUCGUGCCAUAAAAGAAAAUGGAUUGAUUGAAGAUUUUGACAAAAGAGGCGUCAAGCAUGUUUAUAUGUACUGUGUCGAUAAUGUCUUGUCUAAGAUGGCAGACCCUGUAUUCAUUGGAUUUGCCAUUAAGCACGGGUUUGAACUGGCAACCAAAGCCGUCAGAAAAAGAGAUGCACAUGAAUCAGUUGGUUUGAUUGCAACUAAAAACAGUAAGCCUUGUGUUAUAGAAUAUUCAGAAAUUUCUAAUGAGUUGGCAGAAGCAGAAGAUGAAGAAGGUCUGCUCAAGCUACGCGCAGGAAAUAUUGUCAACCAUUAUUACCUAGUGGAUUUGCUAAAACGCGAUUUGGGCCAAUGGUGUGAAACUAUGCCAUACCAUAUUGCAAAGAAAAAAAUCCCAGCCUAUGACAGUACUACUGGUAAAUACUCGAAACCUACAGAACCAAACGGUAUAAAAUUAGAGCAGUUUAUAUUUGAUGUUUUCGAAACAGUGCCACUCGAUAAGUUUGGUUGUUUGGAAGUGGACAGAUCUAAAGAAUUUUCGCCUUUGAAGAAUGGUCCUGGCUCCAACAACGAUAAUCCCGAGACAAGCAGGUUAGCAUACUUGCAUUUAGGUACCUCUUGGCUAAAGGAUGCAGGUGCUAUUGUCAAAGACGGGGUAUUGGUUGAAGUAUCUAAUAAACUAAGUUAUGCAGGCGAAAAUCUAUCUCAAUUCAAAGGUCAAGUCUUUGACAAGAACGGUACAACUCUUGAAAAAUAA